AUGCCUCCCAUGCCCUCGAACGCUGGCGGCCACCCAGCCGCCCAAUCCAACCUGGACAAGCUCAAGAUGGGAGCCAUCAUGGGUGGCAGAUUACUAGCUGUCGGUACCAUCAUGGGCUUCAUCUUUGGCACCGUCAGCAUCUUCCGCUACGGCGCUGGACCUAACGGUAUCAUGAGGACCCUGGGCCAGUACAUGCUGGGAUCCGGGUCAACAUUCGGUUUCUUCAUGUCCAUCGGCAGCGUCAUCCGAUCCGACACAUCCCCUAUCGUCGAGCAGGCCUACCGUCAGGCGCAGCGAAGGGCCUUCAUCAUGUCCCACCCCGCGAUGCAGCGCCCGAGGUCCGACUAG